UGAGCGUGCCGGCUGCCCUCAUUCUUGCAGGCCGCUCGGUGCUCCCUGCAUUCGUGAUUCGGCGAGGCAAGGGGAAAUGCCAGAGCAUACACUCGGUCGCAAGCCUUGGAGGCCCUUUUCAUAGAUCUCGUCUGUGCCGACUCGAUACCCCAUCUCUCCUCCACCACUCUCCCUGAUUCCUUCGCAUGAGGUCCUCGUCAUAGCCACCUCAUUGUCCUCCCGCUCCUGCAGUAGACAGAGCGACUCGCACACGUUUAUACCCUUGGGACCAGCUCUUCUUCGACCCACUGCAUCGCACACCGACUUGCCGCCCAUCAUGUCCUCUGGUGGUCGCCGUACACCCACGCAAAGCGAUCACAAGGAAGAUGAAGAGGCGAAUCUGACGAUCAACAUUCCUGGCGGCGGGGCUCAUCGCGCAUUCAAUCGUUCUCAAUCGGAUCAUCCACAGCCUCAGAGGAAGAGGCGAGAGCAGUCCGAAGCUACAGUAGUAGGCUCUGCAGACUCUCAAGCUUACCAGCGUCCGCGCUCGAGUUCACGACCAUCCUUCCACUCGCGCGACUCCGUCGCCCUUCACCAAGCAGAGUAUCACCCUGAUCUUCGCAGUCCAUACACCAACCCUAGCCACUACUCGGCCAGGCCUCAGACAUAUCAUCAACGCUCGCAGUCGCAUAUGUCUUCCGUUCCUACCACACCAACCUCAGCGCAGCGGACUGGCCGGCAUGGGCAGGAGGGUAGCAAUGAUGAUGUAGGUCACGCGCGUGGGCCGACCAGCGCCAUAGAUCGCGCCAUCGAAGCGAAUGCCACAGACCGAACUUGGCAGACCGCCGAGGAGGGCAGGCUCGACGAAGAUGUGAGAAAGGAGCGGCAUUGGAGGCGAUGGGGCUGUUAUAUGAGCGAAAGGCAGUGGGGUACUGUCCGCGAGGAUUACAGCGGCAAUGGCGAUGCCUGGACCCAUUUUCCCCACGAAGUUGCCCGUAGCCGCACCUUCCGGUGGGGCGAAGAUGGUAUCGCGGGUCUGUGCGACAACCAUGGCCGCAUGUGCUUCAGUCUAGCGCUGUGGAAUGGCAAGGACAGGAUGCUGAAGGAAAGGCUUUUUGGUCUGGCCAAUAACGAAGGCAAUCAUGGUGAAGAUGUCAAGGAGCUGUAUUGGUAUUUGGACAAUACUCCGACGCACAGCUACAUGAAGAUGCUGUACAAAUACCCCCAAUCUUCCUUCCCUUACGAGCAGAUGGUCCGCGAGUCACGCAACCGGAGCCGUGAUGUCGCCGAGUUCGAGAUCACGGACACGGAGCUGUUUGACGAGGAAAAGUACUGGGACGUCUACAUCGAGUACGCAAAGGACAAGGAUGAAGAAAAUGCGAUCUCAGUACGGAUCAGCGCUUACAACAGAGGGCCAGAGGAUGCUGAUCUGCACAUCAUUCCUCAACUGCUCUUCAAAAAUUACUGGAGCUGGCCCAAGGAGGAGCCAGCCAAGCCGCUCCUUGAAGAGAAGGCUAACUUGACCAUACAAGCGGAUCAUCACGAGCUCGGUCGAUCCUACCUCUACUGCUCCACAAGUCCCGCGCCUUCAGCGCCUCCUCGCAAGCGUGGCGCACCUCCCGAGUUGAUUUCCGAGGAGGAGAUCACCCCUGAGCUGCUCUUCACCGAGAACGAGACAAACUUUGAGCGAUUGUACAGCGGCAAAAACAAGUCUUUCGCAAAGGACGCUUUCCAUGAUCACAUCGUCCCUGCGCACAGACUCGAGAAAGAUCAGCCCCAGCCGAUCCGCAAGACGCGGACUGUCAAGCGGAGCAUCACACGGACGGUCAAGGUGCCCAACAAGGGACCCAAUGGUACUUCAGCACCAAACGGUGUCCCCGCCAAACAGAAUGGCAUCAACGGCCAGCUCUCGGAUCUGUCCGUCGACGAUGGCGAAGAUGAGAAAGAGAUCACCGAGGAAGUGGAGGAGGAGGAGGAGUACUUCGAAGCUUCUCAGGACACGAAACCUACACGUGACUAUGUGAAUCCCGAGAAGAAGGGCACAAAGGCGGGCGCGCAUUACUUCUUCCAAGGCGUGCCUGCAAACGGCGGCUGCGCAGUAGUGCGCAUAAAGCUAACGCCAAAGAGCGCACAGCAAGAUCCAACGAUCAACGAUGAUGAGGCGUUCGACGCUCUUAUUGAUGCUAGACAGCGCGAAGCGGACGAGUUCUACACGCGUAUCGCCUCUGGUCCCAUCUCUGACGACAUGAAGAACAUCAUGCGUCAAGCUCUGGCUGGAAUGCUUUGGAACAAGCAGCACUACACGUUUAUUCAGCCCCAGUGGAUUGCGGGAGAUCCUGGGCAGCCCCCUCCGCCACCCGAACGCAAACAUAUUCGUAACAAGGACUGGAGACAUCUGCACAUGGAAGACGUGCUGUCCAUGCCCGACAAGUGGGAGUACCCUUUCCCUGCUGUCUGGGACUCUGCCUUCCACUGCAUUCCGCUCGCCAUGGUCGAUCCUACGUACGCCAAGAAGCAGCUCGACCUCUUCACACGAGAGUGGUACAUGAAGCCUGACGGUGCUUUGCCCGCUUACGAGUGGAACUUUAGCGACGUGAACCCGCCUGUGCACGCUUGGGCCACUUUCCGUGUUUUCAAAAUCGAGCGGAAAAUGUACGGCCGCGAGGAUCUGGACUUCCUCGAACGCGUGUUCCAAAAGUUGCUCAUCAACUUUACCUGGUGGGUCAAUCGCAAGGAUUCCGAGGGCUCGAACGUCUUCGAGGGCGGCUUUUUGGGACUGGACAACAUUGGACCGUUCAAUCGCUCCGAGCCUCUGCCAACGGGCGGCAAGUUGCGUCAAGCUGACGGCACUGCAUGGAUGGCCUUCUACGCGCUCAACAUGUUAAACAUGGCCCUGGAGCUCGCCAAGCACAACCCAACCUACGAGGACAUCGCGUCCAAAUUCUUCGAGCACUUUAUCUUCAUCUCCGACGCGAUGACGUAUCGCGACAGUGAUGCGGGCGGUGAAGGUGUGAGCUUGUGGUCUGAAGACGACGGAUUCUACUAUGAUGCCAUCAGUUGGGGAGAUGGAUCCAGCCAAGUCAUCCCUGUUAGAAGCCUGGUCGGAUUGAUACCCCUGUACGCCACGUUGACGCUCGAGCCAUCGGUACUUCGCCGCUUCCCCUCAUUUGCCAAGCGUAUGCAGUGGUUCUUGGACAACCGACCAGAAAUGUCGGGACGCAACAUUGCCAACAUGAAGGCGGCUGGGAAAGGCGAACGUCGUCUGCUCUCAAUGGUCUCUCGAGAGCGCCUUGAGCUCGUGCUUAGGCGCAUGCUGGACGAGACGGAGUUCUUGAGUCAAUACGGCAUUCGCUCGCUCAGCAAAUAUCACCAGGACCAUCCAUUCAGCGUGCACGUGGGCGGAGAAGAUUUCAGCGUGGCGUACUGGAGCGGUGAUAGUCAUAGCCCGAUGUUCGGCGGUAACUCCAACUGGCGUGGACCGAUCUGGCUCGCGGUCAAUUUCCUGAUGGUCGAGUCGCUGCAGCGAUUCUACCAGUACUAUGGGGAGGACUUCAAGAUCGAAUGCCCUACGGGAAGCGGCGACUUUAUGCACUUGGGCCAUUUGGCGGAGGAGCUGCAACAUCGACUGAUCAGAAUCUUCUCGCAGGACGAUGCUGGACGCCGGCCUUGCAAUGGUGGCGUCCCCAUGCUGGACUUUGACCCCAACUUCCGCAAUCUGGUCCAAUUCCACGAGUUCUUUGAUGGGAAUAGUGCAAAGGGACUUGGUGCAUCUCAUCAAUGUGGCUGGACCGGCCUGGUCGCCUUCAGCAUCAUGAGCGCCGGUAUGACCUACCGCGCUACCACGCCCCGAACGCCACGGUCCACAGCUCAACACUACUUUGAUGAACAAUUCACGGACGAUGGCAAGAGCGACGCAGGCUCUGCUUUCAGCAUGCCUUAUUCGACCAGCUUCAGUCGACCGCCCUCGCCAGAUGAGCUCUGAGGCGGUAGGUAAAUAGAGCGCUCACGAUAGAAGGGGACUUGGUCAAUCGGCAUCUAGAUCACAUGAAAAGCAGCUUGUCCUCAAAAUUGAUCAUGAUACAAGUUUUCUGCAGUGUCCAAAUCACUUCCCUCUCCUUUCCCCCAUCAAAGCCCCCUUUUCAAGUGAUGCCUUUGAAUCUAUACGAAUGCAUUUGGAGUCCAAGAGAUGAUCGCGAA